AUGGGGACAAAGCGAAAAGCAUCCGCGGGCUCAGACCCGCCCGCUCCCGUCGACAAACUCCCAUUCACGCACAAGGACUGCGACGCCGCGCCGCCACGCGAUGCGAGCGCCCAGCAGGCCGCGACGGACCGCCGCUUCCGCGAGCUCUACGCCCGCGCCCCGGACUUUGCAGACCUGGCACGCCGCGAUCCCGACUUCGCCGCCGUGACCAAGGGCCGCGAGCUCGACUUCAACGACCCCAAGGCGGUCAUGCAGCUCACCAAGACGCUGCUGAAGCUCGACUUUGGACUCAGGCUGGAGCUGCCGGAUGAUAGGCUGUGUCCACCGGUCCCGAACCGGCACAAUUACAUCCUCUGGCUCAAGGGCCUGCUUGACACAUCAUCUUACAGCCCACCCGGGCAAAAGCUCGUCGGCCUCGACAUUGGCACCGGGGCGAGCUGCAUAUACCCCCUCCUCGGUUGCACAGAGCGACCCUGGUCCUUUAUCGCGACGGACACCGACGCCGAGAGCAUAUCCUGGGCCAGGAAAAACGUCGAGAUCAACGACCUCGCCGCCCGCAUCACCGUCUCCCACCGAGACCCGUCCUCGCCCCUCCUCCCCCUCGACGACCUCGGCCUCGCCUCUCUCGACUUCUGCAUGACCAACCCGCCCUUCUACGCCUCCGAGGCCGACAUGCUCGCCAGCGCGGCGCUCAAGGCCCGCCCCCCGCGCACCGCCUGCACCGGCUCCCCCGCCGAGAUGGUCACGCCCGGCGGCGAGGUCGGCUUCGUGGGCCGCCUGGUCGACGAAUCGCUGACGCUGAGGACCCGCGUGCGCUGGUACACGGCCAUGCUGGGCUUCCUGUCGAGCGUCGCUGACACGGUCGCCCGGCUGCGCGCCGGGGGCGUCGACAACUUUGCCGUCACCGAGUUCGUCCAGGGGAACAAGACACGCCGGUGGGCCGUGGCCUGGAGCUUCGCACCCAUGCGGCCGGCGCAGGAGGUCGCGCGCGGCACCAAGGCUGCGUCUGUCAAGCUGGGCAGCGGUACUAGCAUCUUGCCGCCGCAGACGGAGCACGACUUGCGCGUGUCACCGCUUCCUGAUGACAUUGGCGUGUUUGUGCAGCAUUUGCGGGACACCGUGGCCGCUCUGGAACUCAUGUCUUGGGAGUGGGAUGGCGAGGCCAUGGAGGGGACUGGACGGGCUGCGGAUCGUGUGUGGGCGCGGGCGUGGCGGCGCAAGAAGAAGCGCGCGGCAGAGGCCAAGGAAAAGGGGCUGGAGGAGCAGGGCGAUGACAUGGUUGAUCCGGUCUGCGUGUUUGGGUUCCGGGUCCGGGUGCGGGUGGCCCUCGACCAUAUUGAUGUGCAGUGUCGCUGGAUGGAGGGCUUUGAUGCCGUCGCGUUUGAGAGCUUUCAGGGGUUUCUCAAGACGACGGCAGAGGCGGCAACUGCAAAGGCAAAAAAGUCCAAGUGA